UUUUUUCUAAUCUACUCCUUUCGAUAUUUAUGUUCUAUUUAUUAGAGAUCGUAAUAUCAUCUAAAGCCGAAUUUAAAGAAAGGAACAUUUCACCAAUAAUUAAUCGGGGAAAAAGUGAAAGGUAGAAAAAAAAAAGGAACAGGCACAGUUGACAGUAUCGACCUCUAAACAGAGAUCCCGGAAUCAUGACGACAAAGUCUCGGUAAAAAAAGAAAAUAGUAUUAUUCUAGCUGCCUAAAGCCAUCCGAAGCUCGAAUUAAAUACGCGGGACGUCUAACUUGGUCUUUGCUUGCAUAUACUAUUAUACUACCUACAUACAUAUAAGGUAUGCUCAUCCUAUAAAUAUACCUAAACAACACUUCUAAGAGGGCGAAGGAAAUAACUCUUUAGCAAUCACCCCCCCUUUGUCUUCUAAUAUCUCCGGGAUAUAUCAACUUGCUGUGUCACCUUCCACCACCGUCGGCAUCUUCACGCCGGGGGAUCCUCGUCAUCAGUAGCGGCGGGCUUUCGUCAUCAUGGAUGUCGCAAACUCUCCCAGUCCUGGCAAAGUUGGGAAGCUCCUCCCCAAGAAGCUAGCCACAAAAAAAUGGAAGAAGCAACCUUCAAAAGAGAGUUUCGGGUCGACGGCUAGUAGCGAAGGCUACCUUUCUCGAGGAAGAAGUGCAAGCAACCUUGGUAGGAGAAGCGACUCCUUUUCGACUACGCAAUCUAACGAGAUGGUAGGAGCUGGAGACGAUGAGGAUGGAAGAGAAGAACCUGAAGAGAGCCCCGAGGCUUAUUAUUCUGACCCUGACGAUGCGUCUGCGGCUCGGCCCACGGUUCCUUCAACUCAUCCGUCCCAAAUUGGGCAGUUGACAACAUCGUCACCCUUAAUCCAGGCUGAUCACCUUCCCCGAGUAAAGAGUCAGAGCACCGACGAUUUAAACAGAAUUCCACGAUCUACUACCUUCGCCGUUACUCCCACCCCUAGCUUUUCCUUCGAGCCGGCUCGUCCAUUAACCCAUACCAAAACUGGCUUGCAACCACCCCAAGCUUCUUCGCAACGGACGAAAUCGCCUUCUGGUAGGUUCAGGGACGCUUUCAGGGGUAAGAGAAGCAUAAGUGGUGUACAGGAGGUUGGCAGCGACAUUCAGGCAGAAGCUGCUGGUAACGAGGAGGCGAAGACGUCUCGGAGGUCUACUACCGGGUCUACUUCUCGGCCAGGCUCGAGUGCAGCUUCACAGUCCGACACCAAUGACAUAAAGAUAGGGUCUUCUUCUUCUUCACGUUCAGGUCGAUCAAAGAAACCUCCAUCUAUUGAUACUUCUAGCCGCCCCCUUACACCGCCGACCGUCGAACCUGCAGCUCUGGUUGUCGUUAAUACACCGCCGACCCCGACUGAGAGUCACCGCUCGAGGAACAAUUCAUCAGGUAGCGCGGGCUCGAUCCCAAAUGUGAUUGUCUCGUCUGCGAGUAGUACAAUAGCGCACCGACGAAUGAGAUCAGGAUCUGGAUCUGGAGCAAGUAUUGGUCCAAGCAAGCUAUCGAACAUAACAUUGGCUCCUCUGACGCCGACACCUGAGAACCCACAAACUCCUGGAGGCGGUUUCUUCUCGAGCAUGUUAUCUGCUGCACAAAACGCUGCCAACACUUUAAGCACUACUAUUACAAACAGCAAUAUAGGAUCGGGUGGAAACAAACCCAAAUCGAACGCCCCUAAACAGACACAGCCGAGCGACGACGAUAGAGUAGAAGUUGAGACGCCUGCUGGACAGUUGAAGAAUACUAACAUGGGCGACAAAGAACUCGCCGUUAAAACCCUCGGCAAAGGGGAUCUAAGUCUGAGCCAGUUGGGAAUCCAGGAACCCGGAAGCAUCGUACCUACUCCAACCACUGCCAAAUUCUCCGACUCUACAUCCGAAUCAAGGGCGCGUUCCGAAUCUGCACCAGUGGAUAAUACGACUGUAUCUGCUAAUGGCGAUGGCCAGUCAGACGACCUGACGAUAGGAGGGCCUCGAUCCGUCUCUGAUAAAGCCGGUGUAUCUCCCCCAACUAGUAUAUAUGAAGCCCACCCUUCCGCCGCCGGUAGUACCCCGAAGCUCACGGGCUUUGCUGUAGCGAGCAAGAAACGCAACCGGGAUUUCCACGCGUUGUUUAAGAGUGUCCCGGACGACGACUAUCUCAUUGAAGAUUAUAGCUGCGCCCUCCAGCGCGAGAUCCUUGCUCACGGCAGACUCUACGUUUCGGAAGGACACCUAUGUUUUAGCAGCAAUAUCUUCGGAUGGGUCACGACCUUGGUUAUAAGCUUCGACGAGAUUGUAUCCGUCGAAAAGAGGAGCACCGCUUUAGUCUUUAGGAACGGCCUGAUGAUCUCGACGCUUCACGCGAAACACGUAUUCGCUAGUUUUACCAGUCGAGACUCGACUUAUGACUUGAUUGUUAACAUUUGGAAGCUUGGACACCCCUCCCUGCAGAGUUCGCUUAAUGGAGUUUCGCUGGAGGGAACCGGCGGUGAUAAAACAGAGAAGGUUGGGGAUGCCGAUGCUGAUGCUGUAGUUGGAAGCCGAAGCGGAACAGGAUCUGAAGAGGAUGAGAGCGAAGACGGAGAGGAUGUCUACGACGAAGACCAGGACGACGAAGCGCUAGAGACAGCCAAAACUACCGACGGCAGUCCUGCCGACACGGAUGGCGAAAAGUCUGGCGCUAGAAAGGUAUCUGGCGCGGUCGCCGGCAACGGCACGGUUGAGAAGACAGAUUUUGCCCCUGCGCCUUCUGGAGUGGCUGAUUUCCCAGGACCAGCUACUCAUGCACCGACAGAUUGCGGCGAGGCGGAUACUCAUUACGAUAUAGUUGUCGGUGAUGACAUUGUUCCUGCCCCUCUAGGAAAAGUGUACAAUUUGGUAUUUGGACCGGCGUCUCCGGCGUGGAUGGGUAAAUGGUUGACGGGCGAUCAAAAGUGCACCGAUCUACAGAUGGAGGACAAGAAAGGACUAACCGUUGACCACAAGAGCCGAUCAUUCACUUACAUCAAGCCGCUUUACGCCUCGAUAGGACCUAAGCAAACCAAGUGUUUAGUGACCGAGACAGUAGAGCACCUGGAUCUUGAGAAAAGUGUCCAUGUACUGGUCGCUGUGCAGAACCCGGACGUACCCAGUGGUAACAUAUUCAGUGUAAAAACCAAGUAUUGUCUUUCCUGGGCCGAAAACAACUCUACCCACGUAAAUAUCAAUUGUACCAUCGAAUGGACUGGCAAGAGUUGGCUUAAGGGACCUAUCGAGAAGGGGGCUAAGGAGGGUCAGACCCAGUAUUGUAAAGAUCUCUUUGCCGCCCUGAGAGCAGCGGUUUCUUCGACACCUCGCCCUGUGGCUGCUAAUGGUGGAGCGGCAAAGGGUAAGAAGAAGCGAGCUAAGGGCAAGUUGCACCAGGCUUCUAAGGAAAGCUUGACGAGCCCAUCAGAUUUAGCAGUAACGAAAGCUCAAGACUGGGGCGUAUUUGAACCGCUUCAUGGUAUUCUCGGCCCCGUUUUAGACAUUCUCAAACCGGUACUUACCGGGAAUGUCGUGUACGGAUUACUUGUCGGGUUACUAGUGGCGACUUGGUUUGGUUUUGGAUUCAAUGGCCAGCCGAGGAUUGCACCGUACGGGCGGGAUUUGAGAUUCGUGGGAUACCCAGACCGCAUGGUCGCGUACGAUGAGAUGUGGCGACGAGAAGAAAGCGAUCUAUGGGACUGGUUGGAAGAUAGAGUAGGACUCCACCGCAUGAACGAGGGGGCGAUGCCGGUACGCAAACGGGUAAUACAUCCGCGAACAGUCGAAGAGAAGUUACGCGAGGAGCGUAUGGACGAGCGAGAAAUCGAAGAGGCUAUCAAGGUAACAGAGGAGAAACUACAAGUCCUAAAGUCGGUCAUGGAGAGAAAGAAGACGCCACCAAAAUCCAGUGGCUAUGGCAAACCAACGACUAAAAUACCAGCGACCGAGAUAUAGGGAUGAAGGAAAGGAGAAGAGGAAGAAUCAAGCAGCAAGUUUUUAUCACCCAGAUAUUAUUAUCACACAGCGGCAAAGCUACGACAGCGGAUUCCAUAUGUCAGCAACCAUAUAGCAUGCACACGACGCCACGACGAAGCACAGUGUUUUCUUUUUUUUUUUCUUUUCCUGUAACCCAUAGCCGUGUAUCUCAUCUCACACAGACUUGUCUCGAGUGUCACUUCUGUUUUUUUUUGUUUUUAGCUUCGUCUAGGUGUCCGGGGCGUAUGGCUUUCGGGGGUUAGCAAUUCCAUAAAAAUUUCAUUUUGUAAUAUGAAAAUAGCAUUGCAACUUGGGUACGAAGGAGUCUGUUAUAGAAGGGUGAUGGAACUGUGAUAUAAGUAUAUAUAUAUAUAGGUAUAUAAUCUUAGGUACUUUUAGAUGCAUAUCAACAAUAUCGAGUUUUGAUACUUUUUUA